AUGGCAUCAGAAAGGCCUAUUUCACUAUUCGACGAUGACGAUCAAGAGAUCGAACCGGAUGGUGUCGACGUUGUGAAAAGGAAUGUUGCAUAUUAUUUCCACCCAGACGUCGGGCAUUUCCAUUAUGGUCAACUCCAUCCGAUGAAACCACAACGAUUGGUAGUUUGCAACGAUUUAGUUGUUUCCUACGAGAUGGCCAAAUACAUGACGAUAGUCGAAUCACCGAAACUAGAAGCAGAAGAUAUUGCAGUGUUUCACUCACAAGAUUAUGUCAAUUUCUUACAAACUGUCACUCCAAAACUAGCAUUGACGAUGCCCGAUGAAGUAUUACGAAAGUUUAAUAUUGGAGAAGAUUGUCCACUUUUCGCUGGAAUCUGGGAUUAUUGUACACUAUAUUCGGGUGGUUCUGUUGAAGGAGCUCGUCGAUUGAAUCAUGGAAUGAAUGACACUGUUAUCAAUUGGCCCGGUGGACUUCAUCAUGCGAAACGAUCAGAAGCUUCUGGUUUUUGUUAUGUUAAUGAUAUUGUUUUGGGCAUUCUUGAAUUGCUGAAAUAUCACAAACGAGUUCUAUAUAUUGAUAUUGACAUACAUCACGGAGACGGAGUACAAGAAGCAUUCAACAAUUCUGAUAGAGUCAUGACUGUCUCGUUUCACAGAUUCGGAAAUUAUUUUCCUGGAUCUGGAAGUAUUAUGGAUAAAGGUGUUGGACCUGGAAAGUAUUUCGCAAUUAAUGUUCCACUUAUGGCUGCGAUAAGAGAUGAACCUUACGUGAAGCUAUUCGAAAGUAUUAUUAGCAGUGUCGAUGAGAACUUCAAUCCAGAAGCGAUUGUUCUUCAAUGUGGAUCUGAUUCUUUAUGUGAAGAUCGAUUGGGGCAAUUCGCUUUAUCAUUCAAUGGCCACGCUCGAGCCGUGAAAUACGUGAAAAGUCUCGGAAAACCCCUGAUGGUUCUCGGUGGCGGUGGGUACACUCUUCGUAAUGUUGCUCGAUGUUGGGCACUCGAAACAGGUGUAAUUUUGGGACUUCGAAUGGGAGAUGAGAUACCUGGAACAUCACUUUACUCUCAUUACUUCACUCCGCGUCUUCUUCGUCCAAAUUUGCUACCGAAAAUGGCCGACGCUAAUUCAGCGGCUUAUUUACAAUCGAUUGAGCAGGAAACGCUGGAAUGUUUGAGAAUGAUUCGAGGAGCUCCGUCGGUUCAAAUGCAGAAUAUUGUUGGAAUUCGAUUAGAUGAGAUAGAGCAGAUUGAAGAAAAUGAAAGAGAAUCGCAGUCGACAAUUGAGCGAGAAGUAUACAAAGUGUCGGAGAAAAUGGAAGAAGAAUGCAUUGUGCAAGAACGUUCGAAAUCGCCAGCCGCCGCAUUUCCACCUGGACAAGAUCCACGAAGAAUCGGGCAAUAUUGGGGUUACGAAGGAUCUGAAUUAGCCCCGCCAAGAAGUCGAUCGGAUAUUAUUGAAGAGGAGAAAUAUGAAGAUCAAGACAGGCGGAAGAACCUGAAUAUUCCCGGGAUUCCUUGA